GAAACAUAAUUUUACGUUAGUUAAGUUUGACGAUGUGUGAUGUGAGAUACGUAUGGGCCACUGUAUGUCCCGUUAAAACUCAAUUUCCCAUAAUACUUUGUUGCUCGUGUUGUCAUUUCGGAUACGACAUAAACGGGAAGACAGCGGCGAGGUAAUCUUGUAAUUUACGUUGUUAUUAAAUGUAUGUCUCUGAAAGAAACGCUUGAAGUAAACAGUAUGUUUCGGUAAAUUGCUUAAACAGGAGAGCGUUUGGUUACACGAAAGACCUUCAGUGCAUAACCUGCCACGGACCAGUUUAAACAAUGUUGAAAACUGUGAUUCUCAUCGGAGGCCCACAAAAAGGCACACGGUUUCGACCGCUGUCUUUCGAGGUGCCGAAGCCGCUGUUCCCAGUGGCAGGAGUACCGAUGCUUCAACAUCACAUUGAAGCAUGUGCAAAGGUUCCUAAUAUGAAAGAAAUUCUGCUCAUUGGGUUUUACCAGCCAAAUGAAGAACUCACCAGAUUCUUGUCUUGUGCACAACAGGAAUUUAAAAUCUCCAUAAGGUACCUUCAGGAGUAUGCAGCUCUGAGCACGGGAGGGGGCAUUUACCAUUUUAGAGACCAGAUCCUGUCCGGAGGCCCAGAGGCCUUCUUCGUCAUGAAUGCAGAUGUUUGCUCAGAGUUUCCUCUGCCAGACAUGCUGGACUUCCAGAAAGAACAUGGUGACACACAUAGCUUUGUCAUCCUUGGGACAACGGCUAACAGAAAGCAGUCCAUGAACUACGGCUGCAUUGUGGAAAACCAGCAAACAAAUGAGGUACUGCAUUACGUGGAAAAGCCUAGCACGUUCGUCAGUGAUAUAAUCAACUGUGGGAUUUACCUGUUCACACCAGAAAUCUUCCAGCACAUCGGGAUGGUGUUCCAGAAGAAUCAGCAAGACAUGCUCCUAUAUCCCUACGAGGGAGAGGAGCAGACCAAUGGCUGGCAGCGGGCGGAGGUGAUCCGGCUAGAGCAGGACAUCUUCACAGCGUUGGCAGGACAAGGCAAGCUCUACGUCUACAAAACCCAUCGCUUCUGGAGCCAGAUCAAGUCGGCCGGAUCAGCCAUAUAUGCCAGUCGCUUGUACCUAAACCAGUACCACAAGACUCAUCCAGAAAGACUGGCCACAAAUGAAGAAGGAGGGCCAAAAAUAAGUGGAAAUGUAUACAUUCAUCCGACAGCCAAUAUUGAUCCUACUGCCGUGUUAGGUCCCAACGUCUCCAUUGGAACAGGGGUGACUAUAGGGGCUGGGGUCCGGGUGAGAGAAUCCAUUAUCCUUCAUGGAGCCACACUACAGGAUCACAGUUGUGUGUUGAACAGUAUUGUGGGAUGGGACAGUACAAUCGGCAAGUGGGCAAGAGUGGAAGGGACCCCCAGUGACCCCAACCCUAACGACCCGUAUGCCAAAAUCGACAGCGAGACUCUGUUCCGAGAAGGGAAACUGACCCCUUCUAUAACCAUUUUGGGUUGUAAUGUGAAUAUACCAUCAGAAGUGAUUAUACUCAACUCCAUUGUCCUCCCACAUAAAGACCUUAACCGAAGCUUCAAGAAUCAAAUUAUACUGUAGUUCAUUUUGUGCACGCUGCAACAGUAUUCAUUUAAACUGUGACAAAAAUGAAGGACGCAGUAGAAUAUUCACAAAGCCUGGCAUUUAAUUUUAAUAUCUGUUCUGUAAAUGGUAAAUGGGCAAAAGAAUAUUAAAGAAAGUAUAUAUGGAGUCCUAUAUUCCAGACAGGCCAGCAUUUUGAUUAGAAAUAUUCUUUUGCUAUGUUGACUUCAUUCAAAUCUCAUGAAGACGUACUGCAUUAGAAUCACUUUGUGGAUGACAGUGGAAAUGACUCAUUUGAUUCCAUUUGAAAUCGUGAUGCUCUUGUCUCAUCGUGUUAUCAUGCCAUUGCUUUGCAAUUAACCUGCGACUGACUGGUAAAUAGCACUCCCUGUCAGUGUGAGUCGUUACUGAAACUGCUGAAAAACAGUUAAAUGAAUACCCCCUCAAUGUAGCUGCUUUGGGUGUUUAUGUGGGGUUAUUGAUGUGGAGUGUUUGAAGGCAGAUUGUAAUUUAGAUAUUCACUGUUAUUUUUCAUGAGGUGUUCUUUUAGAAGAAUGGUACUGCUUUCAGGGAUAAUGAUGGUGGAUUGUUGUAUAGUAGCUUUUAUCACUUCGGAGAAGCCCAAACUGCUUUCCUGUGAACGGGGCAGGGGAUUCACAUCACACCAACACCUUGAGUGUUUAUGCCUGCCUAUGUACUCAAACUUAAAUUUGACCAAUAACAUAUACAUAUGUUGCAUAAAAUGAUUGUCUGCAACAUGUUGGAUAGGUGCCAUUGUUUUUGAAAUUUUGGAUUUGUGUGUAUGUGUAUACAAAUGUGCACACAAGCAUAUCAUUUCAUUGAUCACCAACAUGACGUACAUUUCUUGAAUCCACACUGGAUACCAUUACUACCACUACAACAACAGCAGCAGCAACUACAAUAAUUAAAUCAUUGCAUUGCAGUUAAUGGCAAGGAUUUUGGUUCUACUUUCUUUUUUAAAUAGUACGUGGUUAGCCUUCAAGAUCAAAUGAGAUGAAUCCACUGUCCCUGCAAUAAAAAGAAAUUUGCUCUGGCUCAUGAACAAUUGUACAGAUAUUUGUACAGAACAAAUAAAGCUGCAUAAACUGUAUACAUAA